AUGUGUUCAUUUCUUGUGCAAAUUGUCAUGCUCAUCAUUGCAUCCACAACAUUAACAUCAAGUUUAAGGCCACAACAUCAAGGAGAUUCAUCAAAUUCCUUGUCAAUUGGUGGAAGUUACAUCACGCAUGGUGAAUGUCCGUGGUUGUGUCCAUUAUUUUAUGAACCUCCUGGCGAAGAGGCAAAAUAUUUUUGUGGAACUUCGCUAAUUACUAAUCAGCAUGUUUUGACUGCUGCACAUUGCAUCCACAACAAAUUGAAUUCAGCAGCUCUACACAUUCCAUACCUACGAGUAUUUAUUGGAAUACAUGAUUUAAAGAAUCCAUUAAAUCAAGGCAUAACAAUCAAUAAAGUCACAGAAGCAAAACUUCAUCCAAAAUGGGAUCACUCAGAUCAAAGAUAUGAUGCAGACAUAGCUGUCCUUAAAAUGGCAAAUAUUGUAACAUUUUCUAAUUUUGUUCAGCGAAUUUCACUUCCAGCAUCGAAUCUUGUUCGUGAGAAUGUUGAAGGUUUUGUUGUUGGAUAUGGAAAAUCUGAGUUGGAAGUGAUUCACGAGUCUAAGCCAAAAAAAAUUAAAAUUCCGAUUACAAACAGUGAGAAAUGCUAUCAAAGUCAUGCUGUUUUUUCAGAAAUUAAAUCUGUCGAAAGCUUUUGUGCUGGAAAAGUUGGAGAAAUUCCAUGCAACGGUGACUCUGGAGGAAGCUUUUACCUCUUUCAAAAGAAAACUCCAGUGCUGGUUGGAGUCGUGUCUGUUGGAGUGAUUACAAAAGAAGGAAAAUGUAGAGACGAUGUCUUUGCUGUCUUUACAAAUGUUGAAAGAUUUGUUGACUGGAUCAGAAGAGAAGUUGGCAGUGGAUAUUUACUAGCUAAUGCAGAAAGUACAGCAACUGAUUGGAAAUUGAAUGAUGCAUUUUGUGAAUAUGUUAUUGAUGAUGCAUACCGAUGCACCCUCCGAGGUGUCAGAUCUCCAAAAAAUGAUGUAAAAAUCACCGGAAUUCAUGGAGCACAUAAAGAUGACAAGGAUGAUGAUGAUAUUGUUAAAAUUUGGAUUAUUGAACAAGAAGCAAAAUUUAUUCCUGAAAUGAGUGAAAUUGUGUCCAAAUUUAAGAAUAUUCAUGAUUUACGGAUAUGGACUUGUGGAUUGAAAUUCAUCGAACGAUCAAAAUUGGCAAUUUUUGCAAAAAAACUUCGAGUUUUGGAUUUUUUUAAUAAUCACAUUGAAGUAAUUCCUGACGAUGCCUUUGCUGAUCUUUUGCGACUUGAGGAACUGAAAAUUUUAAAUAAUCGUGUCAAGUUCUUGCCUGAAAAUAUCUUUCAUAACCUCAAAAAUUUAAAAUAUUUUUUUGCUGAAAAUAAUGAAAUUGAGGAACUUCCAGCACGACUGUUUAUCGACACACAAAUUGCUGUUGUCAGCAUGAAAAAUAAUUUAUUAAAAAGAGUUUUUGUUGACUUCCGGAGACUCAGCAAUGUUAAUGUCAUUGACUUUCAUCAAAAUACUUGCAUUAGUCAAUGUCUUGGACAUUAUUGUGGAAAAAUGUCUGUGGCUGAAAUGCAGAAGGAAAUUCGUGAAAAAUGCACAAAAAGUGAUGACGCAAUCGUUUUUCCAGCAAACUGA